AUAUACAGUAAAGAUGAUUCACGAAUACCAAGUUGUUGGUCGUCACGUACCAACUGAAAGAGAUGCCAGUCCAAAGAUCUUCAGAAUGAGACUCUUUGCUCAAACUCCAAUCCACGCUAAGAGCCGUUUCUGGUAUUUCUUAUCUAAAAUCAACAAGAUGAAGAAAGCUACUGGUGAAAUCUUAAACGUCACUGAAAUCUUCGAAGACAAACCACAAAAAGUCAAGAACUUUGGUGUCUUCAUCAGAUAUAACUCAAGAUCAGGUACCCACAACAUCUACAAAGAAUAUAGAGACUUAACCAGAUGUGGUGCUAUCGCUCAAAUGUACGACGAAAUGGCCUCACGUCAUUCAGCUCGUGAACAAUCAAUCCACAUUAUUGAUAUCAAAGAAAUCGCUGCUGGUUUAACCCGUCGUACCAACACCAAACAAUUCCACGAUAGCAAAAUCAAAUUCCCACUCACCCACAGAAUCCAAAAAACCAACUCAACUUUCGUUGCUAAUCGUCCAACUACUUUCUUCUGUUAGAGGUCAUCUGUUUUAAAUAAAUAGAAAUCUAUAUAAAAAAAAAAUUAAACUCGACCCC